AUGGCCACUUACGUCCCCAAGAGCUCUCGCGACGACGUGUACCGCUUCUUCUUCACGGAGGGCGUUAUUUCCUGCAAGAAAGAUCCUCUUGGCACGUGGACCGGGACUCUUGGUGGGAAGGCCUUUAAGGUGCCCGCCGUGCAGGUGAUGCAGCUCAUGCGCUCCAUGAAGAGCCGCGGCCUCAUUAAGGAGCAGUUCGCCUGGCGCCAGUUCUACUGGUUCCUCAACGACGAGGGUGUGGAGUUCCUCCGCAAGUAUCUCUUCCUCGCCCACGACGCCGUCCCCAACACCCACAAGGUGGAGUACAAGGCCCUCGAGCGCGAGGGCGGCCGCGGCCGCGGGCGUGGCGAUGGCCGUGGACGCGGGCGCGGUGAGGGUCGUGGACGUGGACGUGGCGAGGGCCGUGGACGCGGGCGUGGCUUCCACAGCGAGCGCGACGCUUACCGCACGGGUGCCGCCGCCGCUCCUGCUGUCGAGGCGCAGUGA